AUGAUGAAGAGGACCUGCAUCACACAGGAGGAACAAUCUUUGCCUGGCCACAAACCGAUGAAGGAUCGGCUUACUCUCGUCCUCUGCCCCAAUGCAAGUGGCGAUUGCAAGGUCAAGCCGCUGCCAGUCUACCACUCAGAAAAUCCAUGCGUGUUCAAGGCGCGACUGAAUGUGAUGUGGAGGUCCAAUAAGAAAUCCUGGGUCACGCGGAUAUUCUUCACUGAAUGGAUCAAUGAUGUUUUUAGCCCUUCAGUGAGGAAAUAUCUUGAAGAGAAACAGUUGCCACUCAAGGCCUUGCUUGUGCUCGAUAAUGCUCCUGCACAUCCUCCACAGAUGCGAGAUGAAUUGUAUCCCGAAAAUCAGUUCAUCGCCAUCAAGUUCCUUCCUCCCAAUACCACUCCACUCUUCCAACCUAUGGACCAGGAAGUCAUUGCAAACUUUAAGAAACUCUACAUGAAGGCCUUGUUGGAGAGGUGUGUUGAUGUGACCAACAAUACAGGGCUGACCCUCAAAGAAUUCUGGAAGAACCACUUCAAUAUCCUGGGUGCCUUACGUUUGAUCGACAAGGCCUGGGAAGGAGGUGUCCCUGAGCGAGACUUCGAAGGUUUCGGUCCUGCACUUGCAUCUGCAUCUGCACCUGUGGAAGACCCGGAAGUGCAUCUAGUGGAUGAUAUUGUUGCUCUGGGGCAAACUUUGGGUCUGGAGUUGGAUGCUGCUGAUGUGCAGGAGUUAGUGGAGGAGCACAGUGAGGAACUGACCACUGAGGAACUCCCGGAACUUCAGAAGGACAUUAAUCAAGAGGAGUUAGUUUAG